GAAAUGGUAUUUUCCUUUCCUGACCCAAUCAUGCCCUAAUAUUGAUAUCAAUCUUCAGUUUACUACGCAAAACCCCUUUCCCUUACGGAGCGGCAAAAAGAGAAGAGAAUGAAUUUUUAAACCAUACAAAAGACCUUUGCUACAAUUCUCUUUCCCCGCGAGUUGGUAACUUCUGGACGUAGCAUUUCAUCAACAGUUUCAAACUCCUGAGCGAUUUUUCGAUCUCUCUUGUCCUCUGAAUUGACUUGCGUCUUCCCUUUUUUUUUUUUUUUUUUUCCUUUUCUUCGUUUCAUUUGAGUUAGUAAAGUAGGGAGGAGUUAGGGUUUAGCAGAGACGAGAAAGAUGUUAUACAUAAUAGGUCUUGGACUGGGUGACGAGAAAGACAUAACUUUAAGAGGUUUAGAAGCAGUGAGAAAAUGCGAGAAGGUUUAUAUUGAAGCCUACACUUCUCUUCUCUCUUUUGGUCUUUCUACGGAUGGAAUUUCCACUCUGGAAAAGCUAUAUGAAACUCCAGUUACCGUGGCUGAUAGAGAGAUGGUAGAAGAGAAGGCUGAUGCUAUUCUCUCUGAAGCUCGACUCUCUGACGUGGCUUUUCUGGUUGUUGGUGACCCUUUUGGAGCGACAACACAUAGUGAUCUGGUUGUGCGAGCCAAGAAGUUGGGGGUUCAGGUCCAGGUCGUUUAUAAUGCAUCAGUGAUGAAUGCAGUUGGAAUUUGUGGUUUACAACUCUACCGUUAUGGAGAGACAGUUUCAAUUCCAUUUUUUACUGAAACUUGGAGACCUGAUAGCUUUUAUGAGAAAAUUCAGGGAAAUCGUUCCCUUGGAUUGCACACCCUGUGCUUGUUAGAUAUACGUGUCAAAGAACCUUCUUUUGAAUCUUUGUGCAGGGGAAAGAAGCAGUAUGAACCACCCAGAUUUAUGACAAUCAACACUGCUAUUGAGCAGCUUUUGGAGGUUGAGCAAAUUAGAGGAGAAUCUGCAUUCAACGAAGACACUGAUUGUGUGGGGUUUGCUCGGCUUGGCAGUGAGGAUCAGAUGAUUGUUGCUGGUACAAUGAGGCAGCUUCAGAAGGUUGAUUUUGGAGAACCUUUACAUUGUCUAGUUAUAGUAGGCAAGACCCAUCCGGUGGAAGAAGAAAUGUUAGAUUUUUACAAGCUGAAAGAUGAUAUUCAUCCAAAAAAUAAUAAUGAGGCUGCUUGAUUUUUACCUGUAACAGGAGAUGAUACAUAUACACAAAUGGAUAGGCCAUUGCUCGUAUUAAAAGUAGCAGGUAUUGCAGGAAGUAGAAUUUCUAAUUUUUUGGGUGGAGGAUCAAAGAAUGGCAAAGAGGAAAAUCGUAUUUAUCACUUUAUGAGAAAAAAUGUAAAUAUUCCUUUUAUCAUUCUUCUACUUUAUAAUUAGAGAGAAGGCCUGCAGCUGAAUAUCUGUGCAACGGCAGAUCCUUUUUGUGCUAGUGUAUCACAAUUUUCUUUCUCGAUGUAAUUGGCUCUAUAAAAGUUUUUGGAUUCUGAGUUGUUUUCCGAGAUUAUUGUUUUUAUUGAGUGACAUUAGUAAAUGAUCUUUUAUACUA